AUGCCGAAGGCUACCACUAACUCCAAACCCGCCGAUAACCGGUUGAAGCGCAAGGGAGCUGGAACCGGGAGGAAGCAGUCGAAGAAAGCUGCGAAGGAUCCAAACAAGCCGAAGAGGCCUCCAAGCGCUUUCUUCGUUUUCAUGUCUGAUUUCAGAGAGCAGUUCAAGAAAGAGAAUCCAGAGAACAAAUCUGUCGCUGUCGUCGGUAAAGCUGGAGGUGGUAAAUGGAAAUCGCUGUCUGAUGCGGAAAAGGCUCCUUACGUUGCUAAGGCAGGCAAGAAGAAAGCGGAGUAUGAAAAGACUCUUCGGGCCUACAAUACUGCAUUGGCUGAGGGCAAAAACCGUUCAGAGGAAGAAGGGUCUGAUAAGUCAAAGUCCGAAAUCCAUGAUGAGGACGAAGAGGAUGAUGAAGAGGAUGACGAGUAAAGUUGCUGGUACAAAGGAAGAAGCUUUAGGAGUAACUGGAAUAUAUAAUCAUUAUGCAUAGGUUAAACCGCUUAGAAUUUG